ACCUCUCAGUCAGACACUCAGAGGGACUUGACUCUCCUUUGAAGCCUCCACUUCUUCAGUUCUCUGCUCAGCCGUGACAACAUAAACAACCCUCAAAAUGAUUUCCUCCAAGAAGUCCUACUCGGUCUCAGGUGCCUCUUCAAUGUCUAGGAGGUCCCUUGCAGGACCCUCAACCGGCUACACCAUGAAGAGAACCACCUACAAUCUUGGUUCCACCGCUGGUGGUUACGGAAGUUCCAUGGGUCUUAGCAUGGGUGGUGGUUAUGGCACCUCCAUGAGCUCAAGCUCAUUAAUGGGUGGUAGUUAUGGAUCAGGAGGCUUCGUCCCUACCCCAAUCACCAAUGUCACAAUCAACCAAAGUCUGCUGGCCCCCUUGAACCUGGAUAUCGACCCCUCCAUCCAGGCUGUCCGCACUCAGGAGAAAGAGCAGAUCAAGACCCUCAACAACCGCUUUGCCUCCUUCAUUGACAAGGUACGUUUCCUGGAGCAGCAGAACAAGAUGCUGGAGACCAAGUGGAGCCUCCUCCAGGAACAGACCACCACCCGCUCUAACAUCGAUGCCAUGUUCGAAGCCUACAUCGCCAACCUGCGCAGGCAGCUCGAUGGGCUGGGCAACGAGAAAGUCAAGCUGGAUGGAGAACUGAAGAACAUGCAGGCCAUGGUGGAGGACUUCAAGAGAAAGUAUGAAGACGAAAUCCAGAAACGCACAGCUGCAGAGAAUGAAUUUGUUCUCUUGAAGAAGGAUGUCGACGCUGCCUACAUGAACAAGGUGGAGUUGGAGGCCAAAUGCGAUGCUCUUCAGGAUGAAAUCAACUUCCUCAGGGCCGUCUAUGAGGCCGAGCUUCGUGAGCUGCAGUCCCAGAUCAAGGACACCUCUGUCAUUGUGGAGAUGGACAACAGCCGUAACCUGGAUAUGGAUUCCAUUGUGGCUGAAGUGCGUGCUCAGUAUGAGGACAUUGCUAACCGCAGCAAGGCUGAUGCAGAGUCCUGGUACAAACAGAAGUACGAGGAGAUGCAGAGCUCUGCUGGACAGUACGGCGAUGACCUUCGCACGACCAAGGCUGAGAUUGCUGAGCUGAACCGCAUGAUUGCCCGUCUUCAGAAUGAGAUUGAGGCCGUCAAGGCACAGAGGGCCAGCCUUGAGGCCCAGAUCGCAGAGGCUGAGGAGCGUGGUGAGCUGGCAGUGAAGGAUGCCAAGCUCCGCAUCAAGGAUCUGGAGGAGGCUCUCCAGAGAGCCAAGCAGGACAUGGCCCGCCAGGUGCGUGAAUACCAGGAACUGAUGAACGUCAAGAUGGCCCUGGACAUUGAAAUCGCCACCUACAGGAAACUGCUGGAAGGAGAGGAGACCAGACUGGCCAGUGGACCCUCCAGUGCAACCAUCCAUGUGCAGCAGAGCUCAGGCGGUGGAUACUCCAGCUCCAGCUCUGCUGCUGGCGGAUUUGGCUUCAGUGGCAGCAGCAGCAUGUCUGGUGGUUAUGGCAGUACUGUCACCAAAUCCUCAGUCACCACCACCAGUUCCAGAAGAUACCUUUAAGAUGGAGAGCAGUCCCUCUUGUCUUUCUGAAACUCUUAAAUUUGACCAAAAUCUGUGUACCCUAUCUCGGUGCAAUGCAAUAUCAAUAAACAGCAGGCAUAAUAGCCCUAAAACAUGAGAUUUCCAAAAAUGACAACUGUUAAAAAAACAUUGGCUUGUGUUACGCUGCCACCAGUUGUGUUCCAAGAAUAACUGGGUCCGUUUAAAACGUGUAGGUAACAUUCAUCGUCAUUUAAGAGUUCCUGAAAGUAAAUGUGGCCACGUCAGUUGCAACGCAAUAUGUGACUUCCUUCUGCACUGACAUUGAGACAUUGGAAUAGCAAAAGAGGCAAUGGCCGUUUAAAAUAAGCAAGGGAAACAUUUGCACAUCCACGCACUAUUUUGUCCAACAGAAGAAGUGCUCUGAAAUAGACGGAUAGAGCCAUGCUCCGAUUCUCAAAAAAAGUCUCCAAUUUUCUCUAGUAAAAAGAGCAAUUGUGGUCAUCGCUUGCCAAAUCUAACCAAUGGAGACAAGCCGUAAGUGUGAAUAUUACAUGUUUACAACUAAGGUGCAAGCUUUGAAUGAAAUGGUUACUGCCUUGUUUGUUUUUGUGGAUCAGUCAAAUAAUUACCUUCUUUGUUUUAGACUUCAUUGCCAUGAUGCUUCCACUAUGUUGUCACCAGGAUGAUUUUAUAAAGGUCCUCUUUGCAAAAUGACAAAUGACAGUUGCCACAAAUAACAUCAGCAAUAAAUCUGAGUACCCAA